AGCCAGUACAAGGUAUCAAGGUUUUUCUUCACAACGGCUUUCCAUGGUGAGGAACUUAAAGAAUGGUCAAAUCGAGCAGCACUUCUGAAUCAGUGGAGAGCUCUCGCCGACAAAUAUUCUGAUCUGGGAGUAUCGAUUUACGAAGAAGACGCCAUGUUUCUGGAUUUGGUCGAGACCAUGGUCCCUACAACGAUGCAGUCAGCGCUCUUCACUUUCAUCUCGAUGUUUGUCGUCGCCGUUCUCUUCAUCUCACAUCCACCUACGCUGUUCGUCGCCACACUCAGCAUUCUCAGCACCAGCAUAGGAGUGUUUGGUCUCAUGUCGCUUAUGGGCGCUGAACUGGACCCGAUCAUGAUGUCGGCUACAGUGAUGAGUAUCGGCUUCUCUGUUGACAUACCAUCACACAUUAGCUACCAUUACUAUCAGACAGGGAAGGAAACGAACUGUGUGAAAGCUCGUUUGAAAAAGACGGUCGCUGCGGUUGGGUUUCCCAUCAUGCAAGCGUCUCUUUCCACAACGCUCUGCGUUCUCAGUUUCUUCUUUGUCCAAUUACACAUGUCAAAGAUCUUUGCCCAGUGCAUGCUUCUCGUCGUGCUCAUCGGCAUGAUUCAUGGCCUCUUAAUAAUACCGGUGAUUUUCAACUUAAUAGCAGCGCUGCCUUACAGGUACACAUACACGGUGACAUAUCGUUGA